GUGUAAAGAAAAACGCACGGUUGACAAUGUUUUUUUCAAAGAACAAAUCAUCUUUUUGGCAACACGAGUACGAUGUAUUCUAAACAGUGGGAAACAAAACCGGGUGCGACUUCACGACUACCUCCAAAUCCAAGAAAUAAACCAAUUACCCAAAUCGGUUAGAAUUUUUGCAACAUCCAUUUUUCAUGUUUCUUCUACUUCAAUUUUCACCAAAUCAAUCCUUCAAUCUUCCUUCUCUUUCAAUCGCCCUGUAAUUUCUCACUACAUCCAAUUCACCAUGAACCCAGUUGAAGAUCAUACUAAGCCGUUGACUUCCAAAAGGGGUCGAAAACCGUCGAUUAAAGCAGCGGAAAUAGACGGAAAUCUGCCGGAAAACACUGAGAUUCCGGUGAGGAAACGCGGCCGACCGCCGAAGUCGGAGCCUUCUGUGAGGAAGCGAGGCCGACCGCCGAAGCCGAAGGAAGAAAGUAGUAAUGGAGGAGAGAGAGAGAAAAAUGGGGGUGGAAGUCGGAAGAGAAAAGGGGGAAAUGAUGAAGGGGAUGUGGGUUUUGAUGGGGGAGUGAAGAUUGAAGGAGGGUUAUUGAGUAUUGGGGUAGAAGGUGUUGAUUCUGGGGUGAAAGUGGAAUGCACUGAAGGUGUUUGUGAAAAUGCCUCUGAGAAAAUGGGUAACAGGAAUGUUAGAAAAACAAGGGGAGUGGGAAUGGUGAAAGUUAGGAAGAAGGUAUUUGAUGGAGAUGGGAAUGAGAUUGGAGCGAAUACUUGUCAUCAGUGUAAGAGGAAUGAUAAGGGAAGAACUGUGAAUUGUAGUAAAUGUACAAGGAAAAGAUUUUGUUUGAUUUGUAUCAAAAAUUGGUAUCCUACUAAGGCUGAGGAGUAUUUUGUUGAAUCUUGUCCGGUUUGUCGAGGGAAUUGUAAUUGCAAAGCUUGUUUGAGGUUAGAAGGGGGGAUUAAAGGUAUGUUGAAGAAACUAGAGAUGAAGAUCAGUGAUGAUGAAAAGAAGAAACACUCUUUGUAUUUGUUGCAAACUGUUUUGCCUUAUUUGAAGCAGUUUGAGGAGGAGCAGUUGAUGGAGAAAGAGGCCGAGGCUCGAAUUCGAGGUGUGCUGCCAUCUGAGGUAAUAGUUGAACGCAUUGAUUGUCCUCUUAAUGAACGUAUGUUUUGUAAUAAUUGUAAAACUUCAAUUGCUGAUAUGCAUAGGAGCUGUGUGGAUUGUUGUUAUGAUUUAUGUCUUGUUUGUUGUCGGGAAAUUCGGGAUGGUAAUCUUCGAGGGGGUGGUAAGGAUGUGGUUGUGGAUUUUGUAGAUAGAGGAUAUAGUUAUAUGCUUGGAGGAGAACCAGAGCCUUUGAAAACUAAGACUUUGAAAAAUAAGAAAAUUUCUAACAAUGAUCGCGUGAAUGCUGGUUUAGAACCUUUGAUAAAUGAGGAAAUUCCUGGUGGUGCUAGCAUAGAUGCUGGGUUAGAACCUUUGAAAGAUGAGAAUGUUCCUGAUGGUGUUAGUUUGGAUGAUGCUGGUGCUGAACCUCAGAAAAAUGAGAACCUUUGUGAUGAUGUUAGUGUGGAUGCUGGUUCUGAUCCUUUGAAAAACCAGAACCUUCCUGAUGAUGUUACCAUGGAUGCUGGCUCAGAACAUUUGAAGAAUGAAAACAUUCCUGAUUUUAGAUUGGAUACUGGUUCGGAUCCUCUGAAAAACGAGAACAUUCUUGAUGAUGUUAGUAAUGAUGCUGGUGCAGAACCCUUGAAAAAUAAUAACAUUCCUUCUCAGCCAGUGUCAGUCGAAUGGAAAUCAAAUGUAGACGGUAGCAUACCUUGCCCUCCACAGGGACUUGGUGGGUGUGGAAAUGGGGUGCUGAAACUAAGGCGUUUAUUUCCAAUAGAAGUUUCAGAGUUGGUUAAAAAUGUAGAAGAAGUAUUAGGAACCUGCAAUGUUGCUAGUAUGAAUGCAGUUACUUCACAAGGCUGCUCUUGCACCAGUUCUAUGGGUGAAGGAGGUUUUGGAAAUAAUAAUUCGAGGAAAGCAGCCUCCCGAGAAGAUUCUGAUGACAACUAUCUGUACUACCCUGCUGCCAUUGACAUAAAAAAUGAAGAUCUGGAACAUUUUCAAUGGCAUUGGGCCAGAGCUGAGCCUAUCAUUGUCAGAGACGUUCUUGAGACCACAAGUGGUUUGAGCUGGGAGCCAAUGGUCAUGUGGCGUGCUUUUCGUCAGUUGAAACAUCCAAAGCAUGACAGGCAGUUGAAUGUAAGGGCCAUCAAUUGCCUUAAUUGGUGUGAGUUAGAUAUCAAUAUUCAUAAAUUCUUUGAUGGGUACACAAAGUGUCAAUUUGAUCCCUACUACUGGCCUUUGCUAUUGAAAUUGAAAGACUGGCCACCAUCUACUGAAUUUGAUCAAAAUUUACCAAGGCAUGGUGCUGAAUUUGUCCAGGCUUUGCCAUUCAAGGAGUACACUCAUCACCUAAGUGGCAUUCUUAAUCUUGCUUCCAAAUUGCCAACCGACUAUCUGAAGCCAGAUUUGGGGCCAAAGACUUACAUUGCUUACGGGGUUGCGCAAGAGCUGGGGCGAGGAGAUUCCGUGACUAAACUACACUGUGAUAUGUCUGAUGCAGUGAACAUUUUGACACAUACUGCAGAAACGAAGCUCAAUGCUAGUCAGCUCCAGAGGAUCAGACGAUUGAAGCAGAAGCACAUUGCCCAAGAUCUUAAAGAAAUAAAUGGCAGUUCGAUUGCCAAUGACAAUAGCUAUGUGACUGAUUUGGGAAGUAGUCAGUCGCUUGAUGCUGCUCCUGAAUUUCCUAAUAAUUGCCAGUCUGCUUGCACAUCGGGGCAGGGAAAUGUAACUGAAACUGAUAGAGAAAAGCUUAGAAUAAUUAACGGGGAAUGUGGUGUUGAUGGUACCCCUAGAGUGGAGCUUCAAUUUGGUAAUUCUUUGAUUAACCAAGAUCCUUCAAAUGUACCAGUGCUGGAAGAUGAUAAAUCAUUGCUUUCGAGGGACAUAGAAUUAGCAGCAGAAUCUGCAGAGCCUGUGGACACUGAUAAGCUAUGUGAUGGCCUUACAGGCGUGAAGGAAGAAAUUGCUGUGGCUGUUUGCUCCACUGAAGGGCCUAAAAGAGAUACGUCUUGUACCGGAAAUCAUGAAGGAAGAGGUUCUGAAAUACAUGUUGAGAUUGAAGUGAAGCAAAAGGCUGAUGAUGAAGAAAACUAUAGGAACAAUAAUGAUGAUGUGAUUGAAGAGGUUAAGCCCGCUGCUGGGAGAAAAAGAGGCAGGAAGAAGAAAAGCGGAGCUAUAAAUUCCCGGAAAUCUGUGAAAGCGACUAAUUCAUCCAGUUGUGGUGGCGAUGGGGAGAGUGACAUAGAUAUGCCGACUGCACAGCCAAGGAGUGAUGAUAAGUUAAACGAAGAGAUAGAAUCCGGGGGUGCUGCUUUAUGGGAUAUCUUCCGGAGACAAGACACACCUAAGCUGCAAGAGUAUCUACAGAAGCAUUUUAAGGAAUUCAGGCACAUAUAUGGGUCUCUUGUGCAGCAAGUUGUGCAUCCAAUUCACGAUCAAACAUUCUACUUGACGGAAGAGCACAAAAGGAAGCUGAAGGAGGAAUAUGGAGUUGAGCCAUGGACAUUUGUGCAAAAGCUUGGCGAAGCUGUCUUCAUACCUGCUGGGUGUCCCCAUCAGGUUCGGAACUUGAAGUCCUGUAUUAAGGUUGCUAUGGAUUUUGUCUCACCUGAAAAUGUUCCAGAAUGUGUGCGCCUGACAGAAGAGUUUCGAGUCCUUCCCCCAAAUCACAAGGCGAAGGAGGAUAAGUUAGAGAUAAAGAAGAUGGUUCUUUAUGCUGUGGAAAAGGCUCUUGAAGACUUGAAAUCCUGACCUUGAUUUCAGAAUUCAGCUAGUUUAUAUUCUUUCUUUGUAGCAUUCGUAUUUUCUAGGUCCAAACUUGAAUUUUCUCAGGAUUGACCUUACCUUUAUGUAUGUUUGUAAUCUAUGUAAGGUGUUCGGUGAAUCCCUCAAGUCCAUGUUAUAUUUUCAUAGAUUUCAGAAUUCAUUUACGUUUUAUCCUUUCCCUUUGUAACUUACCUGAGGUCAUGAAUUUAUAUUAUGCUUGAAUUUUUCCGGAUUCCUGUUUUA